AUGGCAUCUCUCAUCGCGUCACGGCCGCGACCACGGCCUGCCCAUACACAGGGGUCGACACGAUGUGCAUACACGCCCGACGGCUCGAAACUGGUGACGGUCGGCUCCAACAACACAAUUCGUCUCUACAAGACGGGCUUCGAUGGUGAACCCACAAACAUAGACGACUGCCAGGAGCAGAACCUUGCCGUGUCCACGAGCAACGAUUUCUUCGUCGUUGGAUCCGAAGACGGCACUGUCAGCUACUACUCGCUCGAGUCCAACCUGUUUGACCGUUUCCUGUUGCGCACUUCGCUGCCCGUCCGUGAUGUUGCCCUUACUCCCGACAACAAGUGGUGCGCAGUAGCGAGCGACGAGCUGACCGUCAAGCUGGUUGGCAUCGAGGAUAACACAAAACUGCUCAACUUGAAUGGGCACGGGAAGCCGACGAAACAUCUGACGUUCGAUCCCAAGGGGAGCAUGCUGACGCUCUCAUGCACGGAUGGGGUCAUCUACGUCUACUCCCUCACGGCCGAGCACCCGGAGCUCAUCCGCAAGGUGGACGGCGUGAUUGGCAGACUCGAAACGGAGUCCGAGGCCUCUUGCAGGGCCGUGUGGCACCCUGACGGGCGAGCUUUUGCCGUACCAACACCCACGAGGGACAUCCAGGUUGUAUCCAAGAACGACUGGGAGAAGCAGCGCGUUUUUACCAAUGGGCAUAGCGGAGACAUCACCGCUCUGGCCUGGUCGCCGAACGGUGCGCUCCUGGCCUCGGCCGCUAAGGACAAGAAACUACUGGUCUGGUCGACCAAAGACCAGAGCGUUGUUGCACGUUACGAGUAUCCGAAUGUUAUCGAUAUUGCUUGGCAUCCGACCAAGAACCUAGCAUCCUUCACAACCUCGGAUGGCGAGGUCUUCAUCUGCCCCGAGUUCGUCCCGGAGCAGUUUGCCUCCAUGCUCAGUCUUCCUAAGCAGCCAGCCCCAUUUAUUCAUGAUCCGCUCGCGGAAUUGACCCUCAAUGGCCGGAGACCAGAGACCAAUGGAACCAAUCUUGCGUCUCGUCCUCGGCGCGGCUCACUGGACAGCCUCGACGAUCUGCUCGACGCCGACUACGGGGACGAUGAUGAUGGCUUUGUAGUUGACGAUGAUGGGGCGGGUUAUACACUCAAUGCGGGUCGGAAACGCGGUGCCAAUGACGAUCCCUUUGGACAGCGUCCCAGCAAACGCGGGAAUUUUGUCCAGCCGCAGCAUCAUGUGUCUUUCCAGCCGGGUUCAACCCCCUGGCGGGGAAAUCGCAAGUACCUGUGUCUGAACCUUAUUGGGUUCGUGUGGACGGUAGACCAAGACUCGCACAACACUGUCACCGUUGAGUUCUAUGACCACGAAUUUCACAGGGACUUCCAUUUCACCGAUACGUUCCUCUACGACAAGGCGUGUCUGAACGAAAAAGGCACACUGUUCUCAUGUCCACCGAAAGAGGAUUCUCCAGCCGUUGUUUUCUACCGCCCUCACGAGACGUGGACACAACGGAGCGAUUGGCACAUAGAGCUGCCCAAAGGGGAAGCCGUCCUAGCCAUGUCCCUUAGCGAAACCUUCAUCACUGUGACAACAACUGGCAACUAUGUCAGGAUAUACACUCUGUUCGGCAUCCCCUAUCGGGUAUACAGGCCCAAGAGCACGCCAAUCGUCACGUGUGCUAGCUGGAGGGACUACGUGCUCACCAUGGGCAACGGCCCGGUUGGUGCAGACGGCAUGUGCCGGCUGCUCUACAGCAUCGAGAACAUCAAGCGCGACGAGAUUUGCCAGAACGAGGAUACAGUAGCUCUGCCCGAAGGCGCCACAGUCAAAAGCGUAUUCUUCUCUGACAAUGGCGACCCCUGUAUCUACGACUCUACGGGCACCCUCCUCACUCUCCUCCACUGGCGGCAGCCCUCGAGGGCGUCAUGGAUUCCCGUACUGGACACAAAACUUCUUCCACGGCUCGCCUCGGGCCGAAAGCACGAGAACUACUUCCCCAUUGCCGUGGCCGACAACAAAUUUCACUGCAUCAUCCUCAAAGGCGGCGACCAAUACCCGUACUUCCCGAGACCCCUGCUCUCCGAGUUCGAAUUCUCCAUCCCCUUAUCCUCCGCUCCGCGCCCACGAAAGAAGAAGCCGAACAACCUCGACGGCAACGAAAACGAGCACUCGGACGACGAAAUGCUCGACUCCGACGCCGAAGACAAUGCAGAUGGAGAAGGAGGGGGCAAAGCGGAUAACGAAGCCCUGGCCCUUACGCAGUCGUAUCUCCUCAAAUCCCUGCACACGGCCCAGCUCUCGGACAUGGUGUCAUCAUCCUCGUCACGGUCAAGCGCCUCCCAGCGGGCGCUGCUCGCCCGCCUGCAGCUCGACAUUGACAAGACGCUGCUGCAGCUGCUGGCCGUCGAGUGCCGCGAGGGCGGCGAGGAGCGCGGGAUGCGCGCGCUCGACGUGGUGCGGCUGAUGCGCGACCGCAGCGGCCGCAUGCUCGAGGCCGCCGGCAAGGUCGCCGAGCGGUACGGGCACAGCGUGCUAGUGGCCAAGAUACGCGAGUUGGGAGAGGAGAGGGUUAGUGGGAUUGGAGGGGAGGAGGAGGAGGAUGAUGACGAGUUCUGA